GCGUCAUUGUAGGGUGGGCAUUUGUUAUUGUGUGAAUUGCUGUAUGAAUUGUGUUAUUUUAUCAAGUUAUUUGAGCAGUAAUAUCAUAAGAAUUGAGCAUUUGAUAUAUUUAAAAGCGCGGCAUGGAAGGGAUCACUGACGGCGGCAUGGCGCGCGUGAAACAGGAGCCUGAGUGUCUUACUGGCCAAGUAACUAUUAAGGAGGAAGCAGAAUUCGUGGAUGAAGAGGAGUGUGUGAAGGAGGAGUGCUCGGACAGCACAGGCGGGUGCGGCGUGAGCGAGGCAGCCAUGCUGGCCGGCCUGUACAAAGAGCAUGUGGUGAAGGAUGAGCUCGUGCUAGGGCCGGAGCGCCCGCAUCGCCCCAUAGUCGGCCUGGUGGUGCGCACACCAGCGGUGGUGUCGGGUCGGCGGCGCUCGUGCGCGGUCAGGCUGGAGCGCGUGCUGCUGGACGCGGCGCGGCGCUCCUGCCGGGUCGGGCGCCGCACAUACAAGCUGCACACACACACGCACACCGCCGAGCCCGCACACACACGCAACCUCACCAUCACCACCGCCAGCUAUCAAUGUCACCAUUGCGGGAAACGGUUCCGGAACAAGUCGGUUUUGGUGAAACACAUACGCGCUCACUUGCCGUUAGGAGCGUCGAGUAACUCGACCCGAGAGAACGAUGCUUUAGAAGAUCAACAAAGUCAACAAACGUUACACAAAGAUAAAAAGUAUUUCCUAACAGUUUUACGGAAACCUGAGAUGACACACCGUGGCGCAAAGCCUUUCAAGUGUAGGUACUGUGACUACAGGAGCUGCAAUAACUUACGUAGACAUGAGAGGAUACAUACAGGUGAAAAACCCUUUAAAUGCAACUACUGUGAUUACAAGUGCACACAAAAAGCACACCUACGGAAUCAUGAGAUGAUACACACAGACGGCCGAUUGCGGCCGCACGACCUCGAACGCACGCAACACGUCGAACGUGGUUCUCGGUAG